AUGGCGGAGCAGGGCAUGGAGUCAAUAUGGCCACAUGGGGGUGUUGGCUCUCAUGCUGGAGAGGAGGGCGCAGUGCCAGAGGGUCUGUGGAUGGGCUUGGAGAUUAUGGGAAACUUUUGCAAGCUGAACGCAGAGGUGGACUCGUAUGCGUAUUUAUCUGGGAAGAGAGUCAGUCCACGUCCUCGGGCUUGGUGGCUCCCCCGAAGGAGUUCGGAGAGAAGCGUCCUGGAAUCUGAGGCCUCAGGGGAUCCCGUGCUGCACCGGGACGACGCAGACAGUGAAGCCUCCCGCCAGCGCUUCAGGCAGUUCCAGUACAUAGCAGAAGCUGGGCCUCGGGAAGUUUUCAGAAAACUCUCGGAGCUCUGCAGUCAGUGGCUGAAGCCAAGGAUGCGUUCUGUGGAACAAAUCCUGGAGCUGCUCGUGUUGGAGCAAUUCCUGACUAUUCUGCCCACCCACCUAGAGGCCAGGGUGAGCACUUACUGCCCAGAGAACAAAGAAAGACUCUUUUCCCUCAUAGAAGACUUACAGAGAGAACAUGAGAGACCAGAGUACCAGAUUGACAUAGAUGACACGCUCUUUGAAGAACUGCCACCAGUGCAAACAGAACUCAUGCCACCACACAGGCACUCGCGGUCACCUGCACUCCAGCUAAGGGGAUCUGCCCAAGAGGCCUUGGGGGCAGAGGCGUGGAUCCCACAGUCAGGGCAGCAAGAGCUGAACUACCAUGCUGCUGGCAAAUGCAAGCCCUUUCUGGAUCCUGGACCUGAAAUGCUGGAGCCUGACUGGAGCUUCCUGCUGGAGCAUGGAGGAGAGGAACUGUUGGGCUCCAAGAGAGAAUACGAACAGCUGGAGCCUAUCUGCAAAGAGCCCCCUGACGAGCUAGUGGACAGUUGCAUGAAGCCCGGGUCCCACCUAGGAGAGAGCUCCGACUGGGAGGAGUCUCUCAACCUGAGAGUCCUCAUGCCAAAGGUUCCCAGAGAGAAAUCUUACCACUGUGGUCAGUGUGAAAAGUGUUUUCCUUAUAGGCACCAACUUGCUGUUCACCUGAAAACUCAUUCAGGAGAGCUAGGUUACAAGUGCUCCGUGUGUGGGAAAAGGUUCCUUCUCAGGUCAGAACUUUAUCGCCACCAGCUCAUUCACAAGGGGGAGAAGCCCUAUGAAUGUGCUGAGUGCAAGAAGCAAUUCACUCACGGGGCACACCUUGCCAUGCACCAGAAAAGACAUUCUGAAAAAAUGUACCAAUGCGUGCAGUGUAGGAGGAAGUUUCUGUAUAAGUCGAGUCUGAUGGAGCACAUGAAAACUCACACAAGGGAACAAUCUUACGGGUGCUACUGUUGUGAGAAAAGCUUUAGCAGUUGGACAGCUCUCAUUCUACACCAGAAAACACACACUGAAGAGAAACCAUUUGCAUGUGAUCACUGUGAGAAAAGAUAUAGGCAGAGAUCCAGCCUGAUGGUUCACGUGAGAAUCCACACAGGGGAGAAGCCAUACAAGUGUAGCCACUGUUCUAAAAGCUUCAGAAAGAAAUCGGGCCUUAUUGCACACCAAGCUGCACACUUUAGAGAAGAAUUCCCUGAGCACGUCGAGGUACCUGGGUUCUGCACAGAGUGA